AUGCCGAGCAAGCAGACGAAUGACGUGCUGGCGGUGGAAGAGCUGGUACACGAAAUCCGCGAAAACCUGCGCCUGAAAGCGAAACCUGCACACCAGGCGACGCGAAGCUCCCGGCCCUCGCCCUACCACAUACCCUGCCGGUCCUGGUCGGAGCCCGUGUGCGGCAGCGGCACGGAGAAGGCGAAGGCGGCGAACAAGGCGAAGACGAAAGGCGAAGAGACGAUAGACGAUCCGUACGAGUUUCUGCAAACCCUGCUGAAAAACAACAAUCUCGUGAAAGAAGCCGUCCGCCGGUUGCAGCAUGGCCUCUCGCCAAAGCAACGAUACUUCUACGAGAGCGACGAGGAAUCGUCCCGAUCGCCAAUCGUUGUCAUGUGUCAGCUAGAAUCCUAA